UUUUUUUAUGAAGAUGAACAAAACAGUAUUUAUAAUGAGCACGGUCAAUUAACGUAUGAUCCUAUGGAAGAUGUCAUGUCAACUAUCGACGAUCCCAAUAUUGUUCUUGAAACUUUGGUUAAUCAUUCUUCUUAUAUGAAGAAUAAGCCAUUGGAAAAACAACCAACUGAAAACAAAAAGUCAACUACUUCAAAGCCAGUGAAAGUUGCCCCAAAGAGGACAAAUGCAGACUAUACAGUGCCAUCAAUUGGUCACUUUUUGGAAACAUUUUUAAAUUUCAAUUGGCCACUUUUUUGA